AUGGAUAAAAACGAUAACGCUCAAGCACCAACCGGUGAAUCACCAGCAGUCGGUGCUCAAACAUCAGCAGCGAGUGGCGCUGGUACACCUUCAGCAGCACUCGGAAAUCCGGGUUUUCCUCAAAGUGCUCAACAAAGAUUUGAUUCCAUGGGUGAUGAAGCUGGAUCAUUUCUUGUUGGAAGUUUACCAGCAGAAGUUGUACGUCGGGUUAAUGCGCUUCGAAAUCUUCAAGUCGAGCAUCAUAAAAUUGAAGCAAGCUUUUUUGAAGAAGUUCAUGCACUUGAAUGUCGAUAUUUAAGCAAAUAUCAACCAUUUUAUGAAAAACGCUUGAAUGUUGUUAAAGGAAUAUAUGAACCAACAGACGCUGAAGCUAAAUGUGCAUUCGAUGAAGAUGAAACUGAUGAAGAAGCUAAAAAAGCAGCAGAAACUGCAGAAAAAACCGACGAACAGAAAAAAGAAGAAGAAAAAGCAGUCGGUAUUCCAGAAUUUUGGUUACAAGUAUUCAAAAAUUCAGAUGUUCUAUCAGAACUAAUUAAAGAACAAGAUGAGCCUGUCUUGAAGCAUCUUAUUGAUGUACGUAUCACAAUGCAAGAUGACCCACAACAAAAAGGUUUUACCAUCGAAUUUGAAUUCACAGCGAAUGAAUAUUUUACGAAUCCAUCAUUAACCAAAUCUUAUGAACUUCGUAUGGGACCUGAUGAGGAAGAACCAUUGUCAUAUGAAGGACCAGAAAUCGUUAAAUCGAAAGGUUGUGAAAUUCAUUGGAAUAAAGGAAAAAAUGUAACCAUUAAAAUGGUUAAAAAACGACAAAAACAUAAGAAUCGUGGAACAAUUCGUGUCGUUACUAAAGAAGUACAAACCGAUUCAUUUUUCAACUUUUUUACGCCGCCAACUGUACCUGAAGAACUCGAUGCUGAACUUGAAGAUAGCGAUGAAAUGCGUAUGCUAGCUGCUGACUUUGAAAUUGGACAUAUGCUUCGAGAUUCAAUUGUACCUAAAGCUGUACUUUAUUACACUGGUGAAGCUGGUGAUGAAGAAGAUGGAGAUUACGAUGAAGAUGAUGAAGAUGAAGACGACGAUGAGGAUGACGAAGAAGAACCAGAAGAAGAAGAAGAUGAAGGUCAUGGACAUCAUCAUCAUGCCGGUGGUCGAGGUGGACAUCAUCACGGCGGUGGUAAACACGGUGCAGCAGGGGGUGCUGGUGGCAAAUCUCGAGGUGGUAAACAAGGUUCAGGUGGUGGUGCCAACGGUGCGGGACAACAACCAGAAUGCAAACAGCAAUAG